AGAGUCUCCAGCCUUUUUACGCAUGCUGUAGAGUGUAGCGGAAUGGCUCGUUAUGAAUGAAAUCAGCUGAAAUAUGAAUAUUAUUAUUAUACUCGUACUCUGUCUGUAAAAUAGAUAAAUCAUAAAUGUGUAAAAAUUUUGAGCUUAUAGCUGCUAUAUUUUGUGACUUUUAAAGCUGGUUACUGCCAUACUCCUCAAGAUUUAGUGGUUCAAAUUUCAAAACUUAGUCAGUUACACCGAUCAUAAGCAAUGCCUUCCGAAGGAGAUCUGGAACUGCAGCGAGACGAAGUUCUCUGCUUGGAAUCACUGUUGUCUCCUGAAGAAUUUCGGAAAUCCGAUGAAAAUGCCAGUGGGAUUUUGGAGAUUUGUCCAUUUUUUGAAUUGGGUAUCACGGCUAUAAUUGUGGAUUCUCCGCCGAAAGUGGAAAAGCUGAAUGAAUGGUUGAACACUGAAGACCAGGAGGACAAGACGAAAUUGUUGAACGAGGACUUUAAAGGCCUGCAUUCGCAUUUAUCGUAUCUGCCUCCGAUACAAAUACAUUUCCAUUACCCUGAAGGGUACCCUUCGCACUGUUCUCCCGAAAUUCGUGUUACAGCCUGUUGGAUCCCUCGACGUCUGGUUCAGCAGUUAGAACACCGCGUUAAAGUAUUAUGGGAUCAGAAUGGCCACCAGGCCGUGCUUUUCGAAUUCUUCCAGUCCGUCUCCGACCUCGCUGCCAGCUUCCGGUUAUUUCCUUUCACAGCCCCGUGCCUUCCCAUAUUUUCCAGAGAAAGCUUCUCCCAGUCCAACGAGACUAUAGCCAAAAUGGAGUCCAACUAUCUGCUGCUGGUACCUCACGCUGACAACUUCCUCCGCUCUUUGCAGCACUACGACGACAACCGGACCGUGGUGCUCUUCCAGCAGAAUACGCAUCGUUGUAAUGUAUGUUUUGACACGCAUCCGGGCACAGAUUUCAUCCGCCUGACCAACUGCCGACAUUUCGUCUGCAAAGCCUGCAUGAAGGGAUUGUGUGAUAGUCUGAUACGUGAUGGAUCGGUGCAGAAGCUGCAGUGUUUGGAAUGCUCGGAAGAAUUGAAUCCCUUUGAUAUUGAGGCGUCGGUGGAUCCGGUGUUUUGGAGUCGCUAUCAGAAAUUCCAGUUGGAUAAUGCGUUAUCUUUAAUGGAGGACGUCGUGUACUGUCCACGACCAUGGUGCAAUCAAGCCGUGCUCAAAGAGGGCCAAAGCGACGCCGGACGCUGUCCAGGAUGCGCCUAUGUUUUCUGUGUUAACUGUCGCCGAGGAUACCACGGAAUCGAGCCGUGCCCAUUGGAUGGUGAAAAGCGCUUAAUCGUGGAUGAAUACGAGAAAGCUGACAGCCAGACGAAGCUUAGCAUGGAGAAACGAUACGGGAAAACGCGAUUGAAAAACCUUGGUGAUGAAAUCAAAGCGGAAGAUUGGGUGUCGCAGAACUCUAAACCGUGUCCGAAAUGCAAAUUUCCUGUCGAGAAAAUGGGUGGAUGCAAUAAGAUGUUGUGCACGAAAUGUGCCAGUCCGUUUUGUUGGAUAUGUAUGGCGAAGCUGCCGAUAGGCGACCCAUAUGGACACUACCAGGAUCCUGCAAAUAAAUCGUGCUACAUGAAUCUUAUGUUGGGCAUGCAGAUUGACGAUCAAGAUAAUGACGAGGAGGAAGAUGUACUGUUUGGCGAUGAUGCUGUUCCUGAGCGUUGGUUCGACGCUUUCGGUGCCGACCACGGCGAAGUCAAUGGAAGGCUGAUUUUAGAUGGACUGAGAGAAUUCUUAAACCGUGUGUAGUGCCUUUUUUUAUUAUUACGGCACAAGGGCAGACAACCCAAAAGGGACUUCAAGUCUGGUCCAGUUUCUUGGAGCCUAGUUUCUUGGUUUAUAAAUAUAUGUUCAUUUUAAAUGAAAGAGUGGUUAUAUUAAUUUUACAUGUGCUGUCGAUGGGUUGCGUAACAAAGCGAUUUGGUGAACAAAAUGGAUAUUUUACGAGUAUCCUUGUCGAAGUUGUCGUUGUUAUCCGGUGUAUUUGCAAAAAAAAAGA